AGAAUUAAAUACCAAGCUUACAGAUAAGAUUAGCGAACUUAGAAAAAAGUAUACUGAGCUUGAAGCUAAGAAUAUCGAAGUCGUAACUGAGAAUGCAAAAUUAAAACAAGACAAGGAGGAUAUUGAAGCCAGAUUCUUGAAUUUAGAGCAGAGAGAUAGGAAAAAACUGCCUUAUCACUAA